AUGCAUAACAAGUCGCCUGGACUGUCCCGCACUUUGCCAAAGGACUUUAUGUUCCAUGCUUUCGAUGAGCCUCGAACACCUGCAAGGGCCCCCAAAGAGCUAGAGGUUCCCCCACCACCGCACCAUUCUUCCUACCGUCUUCGAAGGCCUCGUUUAGAUAUCCUUUCAAACCUCGAGCAUAACACGAUGCCAUUUUGUUCUCCAGACGUGGCUUUGCCUUCGAUAGAGUUCUCACAAGAGGCGGAUUCAUCGUCGGACCCAUUGAAUUCAAACUUACCUGGACAUACGUCCCGUGGUCACCUUGAAGUGCCACCGCGACAAAGAUGCGACCCAAAGACACCUGAAGCGCAAGUGCGAGGUGACAUUGUUGAAGAAAGCCGCAGCUGGAGGGAGGAGACUAUUGCAUCGCGGUCGGACCCCAUUCCACGACCGUCCUCAGCUUGCUCGAACAUUUCGGAUUCAUCAGUAUCUUCACAUGGAUCGUUUGGCUCGCAUCCUUCGUUUGGCGGCAGUUGUACCAGUCCCGAAAGCGAGAUCCAGGAUCCCUUCCUAGCGCACUCAUUUCCUGAGCAGAAACAAGCUUUCGAGUCUCCCUGUAAGCCAACAGCGACCCGGGGCCUUUCUCUUCAGUUGCCUAGGGGCUCUCGAUGGACCUCUGAAAUGGAUAAUCAUCUAUGGAAUACCUAUCAAAUAUACCUUCAGGAUCCAACCAUAACCCCUUUUAAGACCGUGCCCGGCAGUGUUCCUCCGCUUGGUGUAUCCCAUCGUGUCGCCAGGGAAGCGCGCAAGACGUGGCCAAGAGUGAAGCAUAAUCUCGCAAAGAGACAAGGCCGGAAUAUGUCGCAGAAAACUGCUUCGGACGUUGAACAAGCCGCUGAAGAAAGGAGCGGAAGCUGCACCCCUACAGCCGGAGUGGUUGAUUCUACGCCGCUUUGGCCCCGUUCCAAUGCCUCGACACGGAAAAGAUUGAAGCAGCUAUGCCGAAGGAGAUAUUCCAUCGCACCCCACUACCAAAGGCUAUUACAGUCCCGGAGCCCUUCCCCGUUUCCAGAACCUUUCAUCCGCUCUUCAAAUUCAUGGUAUGGAACAGGCUCAUCAGAAGCCGGGUCGAACCCCUUUGCUCGUGAUCUUGGUGUUUCCCUUGUUGCAACAUCUCUACCCGCUUGCAUUUCUGAAGCCACCAUUGAGAAUAGCAAUAUGAAUACCGACCAAGCGAACUGGUUCAAUAAUGUGGCGGAGCAUCAACCUUUAGCAACCGCAUCGCAAUCUCAGUAUUUCGCGCACCAUAGCAAUCUAGCCGCCGAGAAUCCAGUCGCCAUCCCUCGUCUUGGUUCACCUUUUAUGUAUCAUACUUGGGGCCCUGAAAGUUCUCGUCGUAUGCGUCCAGCAACGCCUGCAAAUAUCCCUGAAACUGUUCAUGGCACUGGUCCACGACUGCGAUCCUCCAUCCCACCCGAAAUGCUUACCAACGCUCAUAAAAGACGGGCAAUGAAUCAAUUAGAAGAUGAAAUCAGUCCGGACAGGAACGCAUUCCCUGACAUCCUCCAAGAGCCAUUACAGGACGGGAAAAAGAACCCUAAUUAUCGACGAGUUCGAUUGCGGAAUCGCGGAGCAACUACUAGUGGGCUAAGCUCUCGAGAGCGAUUAAAUCAAUUGUUCACUCCACCGUCAUUAUUUGGAUCUAAUGAGGGCAGUACCAAUGGCCCCCAAUCCAGCUCUUCCGUAGCUGAGCCACCAAAAGAGGAAAUUAAAAGGCUCGGCUCUCCUUUCAACUCGGAUCGUUGCUCGAACAGAUCUUUACAACCACGUCACGCACCUUCGCGCUCGGAACCAUUCAUCCUGACCAAACCUCUCCGGGAUAGAGCUUCUAGCCUCCAGAGUGCCCAGCCGCUUUAUUUUGCGCAUGAGAGAACCGUGAUGCCUCCUCAUCCCACGUCUGAAGAUCUCUUGACCGAAACUAAACUUACGCCGACAUCCGAUCUAGACGUUCCUAAUCUUCGCGGCCGUUAA